GCAGGACACGCGGAAAACACUUUCGUCCUUCCGAGCGUUCACGCUACUGGCUGCGUCUCCUCGCCACCCUGUGUGCUCAUCACGACGGUAAGAAACAAACAAGCGCACAACAACAAAAUAGCUUUCCAACUCGACCUAGACGUUCACUCAAGGAGAAUCAAACGUUUCCCUUUUUGCACAACAAGGAAAGUAAAUCACACGUUACGCUCUAUGCCAUCCCACUCCGGUUAAGGGCACCGUUUGCUUUUUAGAGCCGUACAUAUAGCGGCACUCUUUCUCCUUUUGUCUUCCUCUUCACCACGUUGGUUUACUCCCCUAGAGUUUUUUUUUGAUAGUUCGUGUACCACUAAUCAUCGGAUGGACAUCUCGAUCGGCUCGUCAUCAUCGUCGUACAGCAGCGAGCCCAGCGAGUCCUCACCCGCAGGCGCCCACCGUUAUCACCACCACCAGCACAGCAACAACACGGCUGCAGAGCCAGAGACUGCAUGCGAAGAUGUAGAUACGCACAACGCGACGCAGCUGCGCGAUACCGAAGCGACGCCGAAGCAGCCAUACCACGAUGACACCAAGAACCCAAACGGAAGAAAUGUUGGGGAGAUCGUCCACGCGCACCGCUACUCGAAUGGGCAAUUCCGUUCUCACAGUGAUGAGUUUCUAAACGACCAAGAAGCCCCAGACGUCUCCACCACGGCGUCCCUCAGCGCCCAUCCGCGCGGCGAGGAGGUCUUCUACACCAUCUCCAGCCGGGACUCCGUCUCCCCGCGUUAUACCCCCUCCAACUCUCUGCCUUUCAAUCCAUCCUUCACCGUAUCUUCCGUGCCGCCGCCGCCGCUGCCGCCGUCUCCGAAGGCCAUGGAAUUUUCCUCACAAGCGCCGUUUCGGUUCGUGGUGCCGCGACAAAUGGGCGGUGCAGCUCCCGGUACCACCUCGCUGGAGAGGGAGCCGGCAGACGAAGAUGUGGCGUACCUGCGCAGGGCAGAUCAGCCCCUCGACCCGUCGACGCCGCCACGGCUACCGUCACCGUCUUCUACGGGGGCCCGCUCUCCGCCGAACGCGUUUGUGCGCACGGAAAGCCCGUCACGCCUGCAGAAAGGCGACGAAGACGCAUCAACAUCAGCAGCAACGGGUUCAACAGGACACCUUAAAAGCGCUGAGCCGGGUCGUGGCGCUGGCGCAGCCCGCAGUAAUAGCGAAGGGAAGACAAGCGGCACAUCGGAUGGUUACUACCAGCCUUUACACCUUCCUGCACUGAAGAAUCUUGCUGACACAUCGAGCGGCGGCGGCGGCAGGGAGAGCAGCAGCAACGAGGCAGACGCCAACACUGUGGAGGUGCGAGGACUGAGUGAGGCAUCAGACAGUGGAAGCGGGAGGCCGAAUCGCUACGCUACUUUACUCGCUGAGUCCGCCGAAGCGCGCGCUGCAAGGGCAGCAGCGCGGCCGCCGCGAUCAGCACGGCCGCUGCCGUGUCCUACCGCGCCAGUUCCCUCCGCAGCUGCAACAGCUACAACUUCCGCCUCGUCUGCACCGUCAUCACGGGUGCCGUCGCGCUCAGUUGAGUCGUCCCACUCCCCGUCACGUUAUCGGGCAGGCGAACCCCGCUUUUCGCUCGGCCGUGCUGGUGAGGAUUCUGCUGCGUUUGCUGAGCGCCGCCCGUCGUGGCGCGACGACGCGGAGAGGGCGGAGAGUGCGUCGGUGACCGACUACGGUGCUCGUCCGCCGUCUCACGCUCCCACGUUGGACCUCGACCGCGAUGCAGCUGUAUCGGUCGGCAAUGAGGACGAACGGCGGUGGCAGCAGAGCGAGGCGUCGGCUUCGCACCAGCGCAGUCGCAGCAAGAGCUCGAAAUCCGAGAAGAGGAAUGACGGUUUUGAUAAUGUUGGUGUUGAUGUGGUUGAGGGGGCGAAGGAGGACCGGCAGCAGGAUCAGCGUGUCCAGGCUGUGCAGACCUCGCCGUCUCCGGCCCCUUCAUCUGCGGCUUCCUCUGUGGGCGAAGUGCCGCGCACCCUCUUCCCCAACGGUACGUCUGUGCCGGCAGGGGCCCCUCAACAGAAGUCCGCCGACUCUGCAAAGGCAGACGUGCACGAGCGUUCCAGUUCUGCAAACCGCGCAAGGCAGGAAGUUGCAGAUCCAGGGGCGUCUUCCAUUUCUCCUACCACCCCCGCUGACACCGUCCUGAGCAGCGAUACAGGCAGGCAGAACGACAACCACCGCAGGAGCAGUGAUCCUGACCUGAGUUCCGUGCAAGCUACGGGUGCUGCUGCGGCAAUGCGCGGGACGCGGUCUGCGGAAGAGAGCCCCCCACCACUGCCGCCCGCACCCUGGAGAAUCCACGCUCCAGCCACGAAGGUAAAGACGGACUCAGCAGAGGUUCACCACGCGACGGCGCGCAGCGCACCGCUCCACGACGAGCCGCACAACUCAAACACAGACGCUGCCUCAGAGAGACGUGACGCCCAUCAUCCACGCAGUUCGCCGCACGAGAACAAGCAAUCCGCCCUCGACCGUUGGCGGUCUGGUGUUGCGUGCACCCAAGGAAAAGGCGGUGUCUUCUCUCCAGGCUCCGCCUCUCUCUCUGACACAGCAAAGCCAGACGGUUCCACCAGCGCCGCAAGUCAGCGCCGUGACGACGCGGACGUGUACAAAGGCGGCGUGGACUUUGUGCGAUGGGUGCCCACCUCUCUCCAACGCGACGCCGACCUCUCCGGGGCGUCGCUCACGCCUCCGCGCCGCGGGCCAGGCGAAGCACGUGCAGCUGACGCAAAUGCCCUCAGCAGCAGCGAAGGUGCGGCUGCGCGAGUGGUGGCGGUGCCGCUCGUUCCCUCGCCCCAUCGCAAACCGAACCGAAAUGCCACCACAGCGGCGGUACUCGCGGAGGUGGCGCAGCGCCGCAACUCUGCGUCCCUCGUUUCGGGAGGUGUGCGCUGGACCCCUCAAGAAGCAGCAGCAGCGCCAUUGUCGACGACGUCCUCCCCUCCUGAGACGUCGGACCGGCAGCGUAUACGACUGUCUACCAUCACGUCGCCACAGCUCACGCGUGAUGCAAAUCGAAGCGCUCGCGCUUAUGUUGACCAUCAGGGAAGAGAGGCGAUGCAUCGUACGGACUUCCCUCAUCAUACAAGCGGAUAUGCCAUUACGGACGGUGCCCAUGUCCCGCACGACUCUGCCUCGUUGCAGGCAAACUAUUGCACGAGCGGACAGCCGGUGGAUGCGUGGUCGCAGCAGAGGAGUGGCUGUUUUCUCACCUCCGCCGCUUUGUCCAGCCGACACGGAAAGCCGUUUCACUCUCCCGGGAGCUGGAAUGCUGUCGGAGGUUCUGAUGCCAACGAACCUUCUUCAAGUCCCCAUCAACAUUCUUCUUCGGGGAGAGACGUGGUCAAUGUCGAUUCGGCGAUACGUCCAGGUGGGCAUCCCAUGCGACCGGAGCUAGACGCCGCCUUGGCCUCUCGCCCCGCCUACCUGAACUCCUUCAGCGACGCAUACACGGAACCGGUUGGUGCGGACGAUGAAGCUUCGGACAUGCCCACCGUUGUGCGAACAUGGAGACCGCUUUCUGCCGUGAUGAGCAACUCUCUGCUGCUGCAGCUGCACCGGCCCACGCAGCACACCAGCAGCGUGAGUGAAGCGGUGGAUGAGCGAGGCACUCCGAUGGGUCGAUGGACACACGGCGUGUCAGCGGCAACAGCAGCAGCGAUGACCAACAUAAAGAAAAAGGCUUUUGGUGCUUCCGCAGCCGCGGCGCUCUCCAUCGAUGUUUCCGAUUCCACACGUCGGUCUUCGUCUUCACUUCUCGGUGCAGUACACACAAGAGUGAGUUCCGAGAAAGAAAACAGCACUGCUGAUCAUCUGACAGACGCAGCGCACACACACCUGCGCAGUCCAAAUGUCGCCCCAGGCUACAUGGCCGUUUAUGGCCCUCGUACGCUCUCCACGCGGGUGCUGCAGGCGAGAGAUGCGCUGCUGGUGGGAGUUGGACCGCAGGCAUCGGCGCCGCGCGCAAGCAACAGUUUUUUCAACGGGAAGUGCAGUGUAAGACGCGGCCCAGCAAAUCAUUCAGACCCUGCUCUCGGUUCGUCUGAAUUUCCUUGCGUCUCUGCGGGUACUGCCGGCGGGAGCCGCGCAAUGCCGGCCUUCGGGGCAGCCGUGUCUACCACCCUGUCUGCCGACUCGCUUCGUGGGCCGCCGCGGACAACGUUUGAACUACUUCUCCCACCGCAUGUGCGGGUGGACCUCUCCCGUACGCCGCUGCGAGGACCGUCCAUGGCCGAGGUGCUGUCGAACAGCUACGAUGACACAGCCGCGACGGCGACGUUUGCCGAUGUGCAGCAGAAGCAGCCGCUGGUUGGUGCGCUGGCACGUCGACAGGGAGAGAAGGUAGAGGCCGCAAUGGCAGAAGACCCGUGGAGUCUCUUUCUGGAGAGGGACGGCGUCUACCCGGCAGCGGAUACCUCAACGACACGAGAGCCCGGGUUUGGGCAGCAGCGGCGGCCGCCACAGCCACCGCAGCCACCGCAGAACGAAGAAGUGGCGCGUCGCAUUCCGUUCGGAUUCGGCGUGGAGGCCGCCGAAGCCGGCGGCGGUAGCGACGGUGGACGCUGCCAACGCGCCGGCGACGCGCUCCCGCCAGCGCAGACGUUGCACCAACAGGAUCGAACUGGCUCCACAGACCUCGUCGCCGCCCCUGCCACGGCCUCCUUUGCGUCCCCGCUUCCGCCAUCGGAGUUGAGUCGCGCGACGACGGCUACAGCGUCCGGGAGUCGCCCGCGUGAUUUCCGGAGUGCCUCGACGACGGAGCCGGAUCGCCUUUCGUCAAUGUCCCUUGUACAACGUCCUUCCGCGCCGUUCACUGGGACAGGCCCCGCAGAAGGCGGGCCACAAGAUGCUAGGGAUCACGAGCACCUUUGCGCACUGGCGGAGCGCAACGUACGACACACGCACGUCGUAGAGCAGCAGCGCCUCAUGCAGGAAGAGGCGUUUCGUCGUCGUCAGAUUGUAAUGCAGCAGUAUCACAGCUUUACUAUUGCGGUGACGGAGCUGAACUACCAACGCGCAGUGACGUAUGUGCAGCACGCAGCCGGCGCCGCCGUCGUUGCACCUCCGGCAACUGCAUUAGAGUAUUCACGGCAGGGAAAGGACCAAAGAGAGGUAAAUCAAGCUGCUGGACCUCCUCGUUUUGUCGGCUUGCCGUCCGUCCGUCGGGAUCAGGCUGCGAUGGCGGCUUCGUUGGACGAGCUGUCAAAGGAGCUCGACUCGAUGCCUGCGUAG